UUUAUAUUUUUUGUCGGUUGUGGAACGAAGAACUCGAACUGUCAUUCAUAUAAUAUUCACCGAAUAUCGUGGAUGUAAAGUGCGCCGUAAAACAUAUUUUUGUGUAAUCAUCAACCUACUCGUAUCUUUUGUUCGUGAAAUUAUGAUAUGACAAAUAGUUUCGUCUAACACUUUCUACAUAGUUCGUGAAAUAAAGUGAGGAAAAUGUCUGGUGCUGGAGGGUUUUUGCGUCGAUUUCUACAUGUCUUCUUGGAUUGUCUACUCAUACUACAUCUAGCGCAAUACAUACCUUCAGCAUCUGCGGAAGGCCACUGUGUCUGGUAUGGAGUGUGUAUGGAAAAGAAUGGUCCACAAACAAACUGCGCGUAUAAUGGAACUGCACAGCCCAUCCAGCCCGCUGGCAGGUUGAUUCUAGAGAAAUACUGCCCCGAAAUCGCUGCAGGUGGUAAAGCCUGCUGCAGUGAUGAGCAGUUGGUACACUUCGCGACGGGCGUCGGGCAGGCGGAGACCUUCCUGCAAAGAUGUCCGUCGUGCUUCGACAACUUUCUGCAGCACUUGUGCGGGAUGACUUGCUCGCCUAACCAGAGCGAGUUUAUUCGAGCUAAUGAGAUUGUACCUUUCAAUGCUACCCACCAGAAGGUCGCAUCGAUAACUUAUGAUCUCAGCUACAGAUAUAUGGAGGCUGCUUUCAACUCCUGCUCACAGGUGCAAGCGCCAUCAACGAACGCAAUGGCAAUAGGCAUUAUGUGUGGCCAGUACGGGUCUCAGUUCUGCACCCCGACGCGUUGGUUCACCUCCAUGGCGGCUUUCGCGCCCUUCCCGAUCACGUACGUCAACGAUCCGGACCCGGAACACGGGCUGACGCCGUACGAUCCUCCCACGAGGCCAUGUAAUCAAGGACCUAAUGGCCAACCCGGUUGCUCAUGCCUGGACUGCAGCGCAUCCUGCCCCGCCCCUCCCCCUCCCAAGCCUCCUCAAGUCCCCUUCACCAUCCUCGGCUCCGACGGUUAUGCCGUCAUCAUGGCUAUAGUCUUCGUCAUCUUCACGACGCUGUUCCUUAGUGGAGUCUUCUGUUGUACUCCUCAAGAGAAUGUCGUUGACGGGUGGCGCGGCGGCGAGGCGCGGCGCUUCGGCGGCCCCGAGACCUCCCCGCUGCACGAGCACCGCUCCAGUGUAGCUUCAGAAAACAACCAAGAGAUGGCUACGAAUCCUUCAUCAGCGGCCUGGGCAGACCAGCCCGAUGGCGUUGCGGGAGACGCGUCGUUCUUCGAGAAGCUCGGUGCGGAGACUGAGACGAAGAUGGAAGACUUCUUCCAGUGGUGGGGCACGCUGAUGGCGUCGCAUCCUUGGCUUGUGCUGUUUCUUGGUCUAUGUGUAGUGGUAGGCCUAGGCCACGGCAUCAGCUGCAUGCGCGUGACGACGAACCCGGUGGAGCUGUGGGCGGCGCCCAACUCGCGCUCGCGACAAGAGCGGGAGUACUUCGACUCGCACUUCGAGCCUUUCUACAGAACGGAAAUGUUGAUCAUCACAUCUAAAGGGCUGCCCAAGAUCCAGUACUCGACGCCGGACGGUGACAUCAGCUUCGGACCUGUCUUCAACGCCACCUUCCUCAAGGAUGUGCUUGACUUGCAGAACAAAAUAUUAGCUCUAGGCAACAAGACAGGUAUCCAGGACAUCUGCUACGCGCCGCUAACGUCGUCGUUCAGCGGGCCCGUCACGCCCAACGACUGCGUCGUGCAGUCCGUGUGGGGCUGGUGGCAGAACAACAUCGAGAACUUCGAGUUUCAAGAGGAGGAUAACGCCUAUCUCGAUACUAUACUCAAGUGCUCCAGCAACCCGUUCCAGCUAGAAUGUCUAGGCUCUUACCGCGGACCGGUCCUCCCAGCUGUAGCCCUCGGCGGCUUCUUAGCUCCCGGCGAGGCGCUGAGCGACCGCUCCCGCUUCCACGAGGCCUCCGCACUUAUUAUCACUCUGUUGGUCAAUAAUAAACAUGAUAAGGAACUGUUGAAACCGGCUCUAGAAUGGGAGAAAGAAUUCAUAGCUUUCAUGAAGAAUUACACGGAAACACAAAUGCCUUCUUACAUGGACAUAGCUUAUACCUCAGAGCGGUCCAUAGAAGAUGAAUUGGAUAGAGAGUCCCAGUCAGACAUAUCGACUAUUCUGGUGUCUUACUUCAUUAUGUUCGCGUAUAUUGCGAUCUCUUUGGGCAGAUUCACUGGAUUCUCAAGGCUGUUGAUUGAUAGUAAAGUUACUUUGGGUCUUGGAGGUGUAUGCAUAGUACUAGCUUCAGUAGUAUGUUCGGUGGGCAUGUUCGGCUACGCGGGAGUACCGGCCACUCUCAUCAUCAUAGAAGUGAUCCCCUUCCUGGUGCUGGCUGUGGGAGUGGACAAUAUCUUCAUAUUGGUGCAGACCAACCAGAGAGAGGGGAGACGACCUAAUGAGUCCGUUGCUGAACAUAUUGGGAGGACUCUCGGCCAAGUAGGACCAUCAAUGUUCUUAACAUCAGCAUCAGAAUCUGUCUGUUUCUUCCUGGGCGCCCUGUCGGACAUGCCGGCGGUGCGAGCCUUCGCGCUGUACGCGGGCGCCGCGCUGCUGGUGGACUUCCUGCUGCAGGUCACGUGCUUCGUGGCACUGCUGGCUAUCGACACGCAGAGGCAGAAUGCUAACAGAUUCGACGUGCUGUGCUGUGUCCGCGGCACGAAAGCUUCAGGCGGAGACACGGGCGGUGAAGGCGCUCUGUACAACGUGUUCAAACAACUUUAUGUGCCGUUCCUCAUGAAGCGCGAGGUCCGCGCCACUGUCAUGAUCGUCUUCUUCGCCUGGCUCUGCUCUUCUGUUGCUGUGGCACCUCACAUAGAAAUCGGUCUCGACCAAGAACUCUCAAUGCCUCAAGACAGUUUCCAGACGAAAUACUUCCAAUAUCUAAACCGUUACCUGAACAUUGGUCCGCCAGUGUACUUCGUGGUGACUGAAGGACUGAACUAUUCUGAUAUGGACACACAGAAUAUGAUAUGCGGGACGAGGUUCUGUAGACCUGAUAGUUUGUCUAUGCAGUUGUAUGCUGCAUACCGCAAUCCAAACGAGACGUACAUAGCUCAGCCUCCGAACUCGUGGCUGGACGACUACUUCGACUGGUCGGCGUUACCCAACUGCUGCAAGUACUUCCCCUCCAACUCCAGCUUCUGUCCUAAUGAUCGUGGAGCCCCCUGCAAGGCGUGCGGCAUAGCGCUGGAAGGCGCCGAGCAGCGCCCCAACAGCACGGAGUUCGAGCGAUACGUGCCCUUCUUCCUGCAGGACAUACCCGACACCAGCGGCAGUGGAUGUGUGAAGGGAGGUCAUGCCGCCUACGGACAGGCUGUCAACUAUAAGAUGUUUAACAAGAGUCAAGCCCACGUCGGAGCGACAUACUACCAAGGCUACCACACAGUACUGAAGACCAGUUUAGACUAUUAUUCCGCAUUGAAAGGCGCUAGAGAAGUCGCUGCCAACUUAACAGAAACUUUAAACAGGAACUUAAAACACCAGUUGAAUGGAACCACGAUCAAUGUGUUCCCGUAUUCAGUGUUCUAUGUGUUCUACGAACAGUAUUUGACGAUGUGGCCUGAUACGCUGAAAUCUAUGGGAAUAUCGGUCCUGUCUAUAUUCUUGGUUACUUUCCUUUUGAUGGGUUUCGAUCUGUUUUCGGCUUUGGUGGUAGUGAUUACAAUCACUAUGAUCGUUGUGAAUCUCGGCGGAGUGAUGUACUGGUGGGGAAUCAGCUUGAAUGCAGUCUCAUUGGUUAACUUGGUGAUGGCGGUGGGCAUCGCGGUGGAGUUCUGCUCGCACGUGGUGCACGCGUUCAGCGUGUCGGGCGGCGCGUCGCGCGUGGCUCGCGCGGCCGAGGCACUCACGCGCAUGGGCUCCUCCGUGCUGUCCGGCAUCACGCUCACCAAGUUCGGCGGCAUCAUCGUGCUGGGGACUGCUAAGAGUCAGAUAUUCCAGGUGUUCUACUUCCGCAUGUACCUCGGUAUCGUGGUGCUGGGCGCCGCUCAUGGACUCAUCUUCUUACCCGUCAUGCUCAGCUAUAUCGGGUCCCCGGUCAACAAGCAGAAGCUCGCCAACCAGCUGCUGCGAGGCAAAGACGUCGCCGUCGCAGAGACCUCCCUCACAAGAGAGCUACUGAGCCCAACACUGAACGCAUAACCCGGCGUCGGGGACGUUGGCGAGUGCAGCGGCGCGGCGCCACCUACGGCAGUCUAGACGACUCGCCGAGCGCCGUGCUGGCCUCGGGCAGCGGCACCGUCAACGGCCUCACCGAUGAAAUGUGAACUCAACUAGGGCCUAAUCUUACCAAUACUCGCUUAAUAAUAUUACUGCUAUUGUUUGUAUAUAUAAGCUGCCUUUACAGCUGUUAAAAUCAACAAUUUGAACAGAUAAUAAUAAUAAUGUAAUUCGUUAACGGAAUAGAAGUUUAACGGUGGGUUGAACCAUUAAUAUUAACGAUAAGCAAACUAUAAACAGACUUCAGAUCGCUGAUUUAGCUAUUGGCAAUUUCAAGGCUGGUUAUGGUUUGUUUAUCGUUUGUAUAAAAUGGUGCAACCCGCCCUAAAAGUUUUUAAUGCUAUUGAUCGUCCUGCGUUCGUUACAGGCCAAGUUUAUAAAAGCGGAAAAGUAGUGUAAACAUUUAGCUUACUUUGUGUAAUAUUAAAUUGAAACCGAAAAAGAUGUCACCAUGUUGUAAUAACAUUUAGUAGUAAUAGGAUUUAGCGAGUAAUGGUGCAAGUCGUUCUAAGAUUUAUGACAACACGGUAAGUUUAUAGUUCCAUAGAUCUCCGGUAUUACGCCUUGUUGCAUAAAUCUUAUGCGUGUUCUAGUGAAGUUGGACAAUGGACUCGAUUAGUGAACUAUGUAGCGAAAUUAUAUUCUAAGUUAGAUGUAAAAUGACUGGAUCUUUUCUGACGGAGUUUUAUGAAGCAUUUUCAACCUUAUAAUCUUCAGAAUAAGGUUGUAAAUGUUUCGUUAAUUCUAUGGACAAAUCUCUCAUGUUCGAGACAGCUGUUUGCUUGUGAUAUGUACUUUAGAAAUAGGAAUCUUUAUUCUAAGUAUUUAGUUUGUAACUUCAUAUAUUAUGGGAAGAUAGGGAGGUUUUUAACCGUUUUAUAAAAAUAUUUCAAUGAAAUCUUUAUAUCUAAAAGUAACCACUGUACCUAAUACACUACAUGUUAUCAUUUUUUAUAUUAUAUUAUGUACUUAUGAUGAUAUGUUUAUUUAGGAAAAAAGAUAAAAUAUUACUAUAAUUUUAAAUUCCCAACAAUACAAACAGAUAUUUAUUUAGAGGUUUAAGAAAAAAGUUUUUAAUAUUGUUUUGUAUCAUGCUUGUUCUUAGAUGUUGUUAUUUUGUUACGCAUAAUCUCCAUGUAUGAUGAAAUAACUUUAGCUCUGAACAGUCAAAUAUCUGAAAAGACUUCGUCCUGAAACAUACAGGAUUUGCUCUAUCAGAACUGCUAGCAAACGGUAUGUAACGGGACAGUGAUGUUUUAAGUAUUAAUAUAAUUACACGAGUUUUUCUGUAUAGUAUAAAGUAUCGAUAGACCAAGGAAUAGUCGAAAGUUAGUUCACUUCUGAGAAACAGAAGUCUAUGAUAUUAUUUUAUGUUUCUCUUAGCAAAAGAUAUUAUAGUUUAGCAAAGAUGUAUAUGUAUAUAUGGGAAACAUAAUUCUGGGUGAUCUAUAUGCACCAUUUUACGUGCACAUCUCAUAAAGACCUGUUUACACUGUAGUGCAUUUAAUAUGCAACAUUUUAUAAUUACAAGCACUGUUCUCGUGUGAAAGGGUUGCGUAUCACUAGUGAAUCGUAGAAAUACUGAUUAUUAGGAUAUCUUGACAAAGUCAGAUGUUUAUAUAAAAUAUAUUUAAUCUAGUGUAACGAUGUAGAAAUGAGUAAAAUAUGUAAACUCGAGUACCUAUCCAAAGGUUAGUUAAAAAUUAUUAUAAAAGCUUUCGAUGUUUAGAAGUGUUUUAUUGGUUAAUAGAUGUAAAGUUAGUGGUUUUCGGUAAAGGGGAGAGUUGGGUAAUUUAAACUAUACAAGACAAAGUCAAUUUGUAAUUGAGAUAUCUCAUUGAGACUUAUGAGGUAUUCAUAGAAGAUUGUAAUUGUAGGUUUUGAGUAAACUUGUCUAAUCAUGUCUUGACUGCUAGUGUAAGUUUAGCAAAGCUUUCUUUUGCCUGUGCCUUUGAGAGUCAAUUUGACGCUAAAGCAUUACGCUAAAAUUGUUACUCGAUCUUGAAAAUUGUUUCGAAAUUAUUCAUCUAAAAACGUGGAUACAAAUCUAUCCUUUACUAUGCAAAUGAAAUACUGCCAUGCCUGCUAAUAUGAAUAAAAGGUGUGACAAUAUGGAAAUCAAGUAAAGUAUUGCUCUAUUAAAAUUAAUAAAAUUGCUAAAUAUUGUAAAAUGUAAAAAUCUUUGCUAAAAUGUUGGAUUGCGCAAGCAUAGUCUGCAUUGGCGGUGUUGCCUGACGCAAUUUAAAACGUUGGUGUGGCCAGGCAUAAAAAAUAAAAUUAUUGUUUUUUUUUUUUUAUCACGUCACAGGUCGAGAUAGUAAAAAAUAGUAAAUUCUUCAUAAUUGACUUUUGUACAAUAUUAACAUAAAGAUAUCAGAUAGAAGUACCAUGUAUAAACAAGUAUGAAUCUUCCUUUUUGUAGCUAAGCUGUAAACAGCCUAACUUAGGUCCUAUAACAUAUUGUGUGUACAAAAGUUGUUAUAACUCAUAGAACUAAGUAUUACACGUUUUGUUGAUAUUUACCUGUACCUCUGCAGAAUCUAUUUUUCGAACAUUUUUGUAUAGGUAUAACUCUAUCAUCAAGCUUAUUUUCUGAUUUAUUUGACGUAGGUUAUCCCACUACUGGGCAAAACAUAAGUGAUUUUGUACAUUUGAUUUCUGUCUAUAUAAAGUACCAAUAAAACAUGUUGUAUUGGAAGUUAUGACAUUUCAACUUGACUCCCAUAUCUUCAAGUUUUCACUUUUCUUUUUGAUCUAAUGUAAAUUGUACUUACCCACUGAUAAAUAAAUUGUAUAUAGAGGUAAAUACCAUAUUGAUGUCUAUAAAAGUUUUAAAUAGUGUAAUUUGUACGUAUUACUUGUCUAAAGUCUAUGUUUCUCGAGAUAUUCGAUGUAUGUAAAAUCUGUGUAAUAGAAUUUAUAAUAAAGGAGAAAACCAAAUA